AUGAAACUGUUAAGUUGGAACUGCCGAGGGUUGGGGAACCCUCGGACAGUUCAAGAUCUCUGCUCUAUGGCAGAGAGCAAUAAACCCCAAUUAGUUUUCAUCAUGGAAACGAAGAUCAGAAAACAGAAAAGUGAAAGAAUAAAAAGAAGGUUGGCAUGCGAAGGCUGUUUUGUUGUGGAAGCUGUUGGGAAAGGGGGAGGUUUAAUGUUGUUAUGGGACUCAAAUGUUGAUGUAGAAAUCAUAAACUUUUCACAAAGACAUAUAAAUGCUUGGGUAGGGGGUGAUGGAGGGACUAGAUGGUUUUUAACUUGCUUCUAUGGUCCACCUGAAACAGUUAGAAGCAAAGAGGCUUGGUUGAUGUUAAAAGCUAUGAAACCGAGAGGGAAUGAGGGGUGGCUUAUAGUUGGAGAUUUCAAUGAGAUUCUCACAAAUGAUGAGAAAUGGGGUGGGAAGGUUAGACCCGAGAGUCAAAUGGAAUUGUUUAGAGAAGUUCUGAGGGAGGGCAACCUCAAUGAUUUGGGAUGGAGGGGGGAUAAGUAUACUUGGAGCAAUUCCCAUACUGAUGAUACCUUCACAAAGGAAAGGCUAGAUAGAGCAAUAGCAAAUCCUCAAUGGAGAGAUAUAUUCUCUGAGGUGUGGGUGGAGAUUAUGGUGGCAAGAACCUCUGACCACAAGCCUAUCUUAGUACAUCUAAACACACCGAUCUAUGGGAAUGAGCCUCUGAAGAGAAUGGGGUUUAAAUACGAGGCCAGCUGGGCUCUAGAUGAGGACUGUGGGGGGUUCCUGAGUGAAAUUUGGAGGGGGAAGGAGGGGGAGCCUAGGAGCAUUAUAAACCUACUGAAUUAG